GACGCACGGCGCUCACGUAACGCACACAGCGUAUCUGUUUCGGUAAUGGCGUCCGUGUCUGAGAUGCGCUCGGUUUAGGAAAAAUGAAGCGCAGGAGACUUUAUAACCAGUAAUAAAACGCGAGGUUUCCACACGCGGACUUUGCGUCUGUGUAUCUGCGGCAGGUUCAGGUUCCGAUCUCAGUCGUAACGCGACGCGAAGCUUGUCAUGAUGAAGCUCAAGUCGAACCAGACGCGCACGUAUGAUGGAGACGGGUACAAGAAGCGGGCCGCCUGUCUGUGCUUUAGGAACGAAACCGAGGAGGAGGUGCUGUUAGUGAGCAGCAGCAGGCAUCCGGAUAAAUGGAUCGUUCCUGGAGGAGGAAUGGAGCCCAACGAAGAGCCAAACGUCGCUGCUGUCCGAGAAGUUUGUGAAGAGGCUGGAGUCAAGGGGAGUUUAGGAAGACUAGUAGGAAUAUUUGAGAAUCGAGAUAGGAAACACAGAACAUACGUCUAUGUUCUCAUCGUAACUGAAGUUUUGGAAGACUGGGAGGAUUCGGUAAACAUUGGGAGAAAAAGGGAAUGGUUCAAAAUCGACGAUGCCAUAGAAGUGUUGCAGUGUCACAAACCGGUUCAGGCCACCUACUUCGCAGCUCUUCAGGAGGGCUGUCUGAAUCGUAACGGUGCGCCCCUAGUGGCCACGAUAGGUGGAGAUCUGUCGCCCACCUACAGCAUUAAUCAAAGCUCGGUCUCCGAUAUCAGAUAACUAAUGCAAAACAUCGACACUUAGAUGCUUACUCAACUCGCGCUCUUAUUUUCAUUGUUCUCUUUUUAUUUUCAUUCUUAAUUUUUUCAAACAAAAAACAGACACAAACAAUGAUUUGCCAACCCUUUUGAGUGCCGGGAGAGGGCAGUGACAUCGAGUGUUGGUCGAAUAUUCAAUACAAUGUUUUGUAAAUGUAAUAUUUUUGCUUUUUACAGAUUCGUUUUUCACGUCGCAUGAAUCCCACGUUGUUUUAGCGUCCUCUACGCGGCCCGUGUGGGAUUAAUCGAAUGCUACUUUUUACUGUCGUGAUGUAAAAAUAUACACAUGGUGCGCUAGCAUGUGGCUUUCAGUAUUUUUACACAUUCAGUUUCCUCUGCGUGCGUAUGCGUGAGCGAGGUUUUGUUAGUUUCUGUCUGAAACGCGGUUGUGAGAUGAGACGUUAGCCGUUUGAAUGCGUGGAACUGUGAGAGUUGAAUAGUUUUGCAUGAGCACUGGUAUUUAUUUGUCAAGAUGAUGAGUUUAUGUGAUGCGAUGGAUGUUUAACCUGUAUGUCGUGUUAUAAAUAGGUGUUCUUAACUUAGCUGUUUUUGUUUGUUUGUUUUACCAUCUUGUAAAUAUCCUUUGGGCCUCCAAACUCACAGAGGGUUUAAUUUAUACGAUUACCUAAUUAAACUGGACUGUAAUUUUGCAAUUUCACACUUUAAUAUAAAACUUUCCCAAGCAGAUGAUGUUUGCUGGGUUUUGAGUUAAUCUUGUAAAAUGAAUAGACUUAUUAUGAUGUGUCAGAAGGAUUGCGUGACUUUUUGUUUUUAUGAUGUCAUCUGGAAAACAUUUCAUCUUUAAAGUCAACAUGAAAUCAAAAUUCAGAUAUUUUUAAGGCACAUCCCAGAAACUGAAAAGAUUUCUUAUGAAAAUGUAAUAACAUAAUCCACCAGUGCAAAACAUGUUUUCUCAUUUAUGAUCAUUUUCUGCACCCGAAAUUGUGUCAUUACCGAAGUUUCAAAUGAAGAUUCAUGUUGACUUUUUCUUAAUAAGUGCUUAUCGACAUUUAACAUUUCUUAUCAGUAGGGUUGGGUGUCAUUUUGAAUUUUAUUGAUUCCAAUUCUGCGAAUCGAUUCUGAUUCUUUUCUUCGAUUCCAGUGUUGUAAAAAAGAAGUCAAUAUUUAGGUACCUUACCAUAUGGUCAUUUAGCCAACUUAUUGCUGACUGUUAUGCAAAAUAAUAUAUUUAUGAGCAGGGUUUUACAAAAAGAGAACUAGUAAUCUCUUUUUUUAUUAUCGUAAAAGUGUAGAUUGAUAACCAUUUGUGAAUAUCUCAAAAAAGGGCUGCUGACAUCUUCCGUCGAUGAUGUCAUUUAAAACCACCAUCUGCUUUGUGAUCAUGAGGUGGUGGCCGUGGUAUGAAGGUCGGGAUAUUUCUGUUUGACUCAUUCACAAACACACAAAUCAAGUCGUCACACCUCUUUUUAAUAGCAGUUAAUAACCAAAUAAGCACUUAAAAGUAUGGGGCAACCUUUCGAUCUCUUUGAUGAAGCCAAUACGGAAGUGAUUUAAACUGCAAUUCAUUGACUGGCCACUAGAGGCUGGCUCCAAAAGGGAGUCAAUUCCCAUAGACCCCCAUGUUAAAAUGCCCAACUCUAGAGCAGAAAAUAAUAUUUACAGCCUGGUACAAGAAUUGUUUUUGGUCGUUAUAACUAAUUUUGCCCUUCAUAUUUAUAUUAAGCCUUAAAGUUGUGCAUAAUUAAGGGUGUGGCCACUUGAGUGACGGUUGAACAGCCACUAGACGAGGUUUCAGCAACCAGCUACCUCAGCUUCACCCACGUCCCGCCAUUCUCGGAUAUCUGCGAGUGAUGUGCGGUGACGCGCGGCCAAAACGGCGACGGCGGGCACCGCCUUUUAUUGGCUUCAAAAACCAUAGAUAUGUAUAAAGGCUAGAUGUCUCGCCCGUGCUGCUGGCCAAUUGAGUGGAACAUCGGCAUUUGGCGGCCAUCUUGUCACAGGCAGCUCGCUCACUCGUAGCAUUGUUUUAAUGGUGCAGGUACUUUUAAAUGACCAUAACUUGCUUAAUUUUCUACCGAUUUUCAAACGGUUUGGUUUGUUAUAAACGCCAAAGAUGUACCUAUGACACUGCAUUCUUCUACUUAAAAAAAAUUAAAAAUUCAUGAAACAUGUUAAAGCAUCCAGAAUUAUAGCCACAUUAAUAACGUUUGUAAGAAACCAAACCGUUUGAAAAUUGGUAGAAAAGUUAUGGUCAUUUUAAAGUACCUGCACCAUAAAAACCUCAAUGCUACGAGUGAGCAAGCUGCCUGUGGUAAGAUGGCCGCCAGGUGAUGACAUUAGAGACUCCGCCAUAACACAUCUAGCCUUUAUACAUAUCUAUGUCAAAAACGAUCUUCAGAAACCUAUAGGUGACGUUACGGACACUACGUCCAUCUUUUUUUACAGUCUAUGAUGGCAACAUGAUUUGACAUGUAAAAAUAAAUUAAAAAUAAAAUGUAUUGGUGUACUUUGAUUUUUAGGUUUGGCUCAUGUCACAUUUAUUUACGUGAAGAGGGUGGGGUUUAUGACUGAUACUGCAGCCAGACACCAGGGGGCGAUCAAAAUGUUUUUGCUUCACCUUUCACCGCUGGUUAAACUCCGGUCACUUUAGUUUUUAACGAUUUUCAAGUAAACUUUCGCAGGUCAUAUCUUCACAGAUAACGUGAAUAAAAGAUUCGUAAUAAAACAUUUGCAUGCAGGAAUUGAAAUGUUCAUUUUGUAGUAAGGAUCUGAUUCCAGAAUUGGAAUCAAUUUUCGAUUCCCAACCCUACUUAUCAGACACAUCCAGUUCAUGUUUUCUAGUCUUUUAUUGAACUGAUGAGUUGAAUAAGUUCUUCUGAAUGGUUUAAGUUUCACUUUCCCUCCAUCGAUGAAGUCAAUUGUUCGGUCAGAUGAAGGUCUCCUUGAUAAUAUCUAUCAAUAUUAUCAAGUGUUAAUAUAACCUUUUGGGUUUCAACCUCAUGUGACUCCACAUCUACAAACACUCAUGAACCUCUUGACAUAGAGAGACGAGAAGCUGCACAAUUCAACAAAGGAUUUUGUUUUAGCUUGUAAAAUAGUUUUUACAUCUUCUCGUAUGCUUUAAAACAUCAAGUAUGUCUUCAAAGCCAAACCGCUUGCUCGGCCAGUCUCUUGGAAGGCGGCGGUUGGUGCAAUACUGUGAAAUUUGAGCCACUGUAAUUGUUAAUGUCUUUUAUCCCUUGUACAGAUCAAAAGCAAAUCUUCGAGUGCUUGUCGUUAUGAUGUAUAGAUUCUGGUACACGUGAGGUUGUAGGUGACCCGAACUGUUGAGGGUUAUUUACUUAAGGUGUCCUUUGGAAGUGCAUUUAUAAUGAAGUUUCUUAUCAAGUACAUGUUUCAUUCAAGAUUUCAUGUUUUUAUUGUUAGUGGACUGCAAAGUAAUGAUAAACCCAAAAUCCAAGUAAAUGAAAGUGAUUUAUAAUGCCUGUGGUUAAUAUAUUUCAAUACUAAUGUCAUGCAUUUAAAAAUCCACUUCUGGUGUAGCAUGAAAUACUUGAACUGGAUUGUCAGAUUGUUUUGUUGAUUAACGUGUUGAUGGUCAUACUGACGUGAGCCUCAUUCUCAUGAUUCAUUGGUGACUGAAGAUUUUUAGUGUAUGAAGUUGACACAGCUGCAUCAAUCACCUGGUUAUAGUAAACAGUUAAGCGUGAUUUGUCAAAAAUCAGAUUUCAAAUUGUAACCAAGCAUAGAAUUGAUCAGAUGAACGCCCCAUACAAUAAAAAAGCACUUUAAAUGUCAUACUUUCAUUAUUAGACUUUGAAUGUAAAUCUCUGGGUCGGUUACAUCUUUUUGGCCCUAAAAUGGUUUUUAAAACAUUUUCAUUCAAACAUGCUGUCAAUUGGUGCAUAUGGGAUGUUGGAACUAUGAAAUCGAUGCAAAGAUCUGCCAACACUCCAUCAAAGCUGUGACCCUUACACUUGGACAGGUGGAAUACCACUGGAAUAUGUUGCUUUUCUUAUUUUGGGAUUGUGAAAUCAAGCAGUACGAGAAUGUAAUAUAAUUGUGCCAACUAAUAAAAACCAGUAUUUGACCUUA